AUGUUACACCAGGGCGACCCAACCAUCUCUCUACCUACAUCUGUGUCGCCAGAUUCGGAUUACAAUGGAGCAGUAACACAACCGCGUGCGCCAUUCGUAGACGCGACCAUCUACCCUGGAGGCACUCGCGACAUCUCGUCAAUCGCAUCGCAUGCUCUCUGUCUCGGCCUUACCCUCGCAGGCUGUGGUAUCGGCACCGUCCUCCUAGCCCAAUCGCACUACCGUAUCUGGCGACUCACCGAGUUCAUCGCGACACUGUCACUCUUCCACUUCCUCGAAUUCUACACAACAGCCCGCUGGAACACGUCCAAUGCAAAAGUCUCAAGCUACCUCCUCACCUCAAAUGGAAGCUCAUACCUUGCCGCCCAUGUCGCCGCCAUGAUCGAGAUAGUCAUAACCUCCCUCUUCUUUCCAAACUUCCAAGACCAAUACACCAGUAAAUACACAAUCGCUGCUGGACUACUUCUGGUAAUCAUGGGACAGACCGUGCGCAGUAUUGCCAUGGCACAGGCUGGUGUCAGUUUCAACCAUAUACCCGCAAAAAGCAAGAAGAACGACCACGUCUUGGUGACAUGGGGUUUAUACUCUUAUUUCCGCCAUCCAAGCUAUUUCGGCUACUUCUUCUUUGCUGUGGGUACGCAGAUUGUGGUUGGAAACAAGAUUUGCAGUUUCACUUAUAUGGUCAUCUUGUGGUUCUUCUUCAAGGAUAGGAUAAAGAACGAAGAGAAAGACUUGGUCAAGUUCUUUGGCGCUGACUAUGAGCGUUAUCGCCAGAAGGUGGGUACGGGUAUUCCGUUCAUCCCAUAG